GUUCUUGUCAAGGUGUUGGAUAACAAUGAUAAUGGCCCAGAAUUCUCUCACCCAAGUUACGAUGUCACCAUUUCAGAGGACAUCCUCCCUGAUACUGAAAUUCUGCAAAUUGAAGCUAUAGACAGAGAUGAAAAGCAUAAGCUGAGCUACACUAUUCACAGCAGCAUCGAUACAGUCAGCGUGAGAAAAUUCAGAAUUGAUCCCAGCACUGGGGUGCUCUAUACUGCUGAGAGGCUAGACCACGAAGCUCAAGAUAAGCACAUCCUUAAUGUCAUGGUAUGUACAUACAUAACGAUGAAAAAGUUCAUUGGCAGCUACGAGCACCAGACUGACACAUGCCUGACCGUAGUGGGUAACAUUGUUCAUAGCUCUAUGAAAGAAGGAACAGUGGGCAAGGUCCGAGAUCAAGAAUUCCCUUAUAGAAGAAACCUGGCCAGAGUCAUCAUAAAUGUGGAAGACUCCAAUGACCACAGUCCGUACUUCACCAGCCCAUUGUACGAAGCCUUGGUGUUUGAAUCAGCAGCAGUUGGAUCAGCAGUCUUGCAGGUCACAGCUUUGGACAAAGAUAAGGGAGAAAACGCAGAGCUUAUCUACACUAUUGAAGCAGGAAACACGGGAAACACAUUCAAGAUUGAACCCGUUUUAGGGAUCAUUACAUUACUGAAGGAGCCAGACUUAACCACCAUGGGACAGUUUGUUUUGUCAGUCAAAGUGACUGAUCAAGGUUCGCCACCACUGUCUGCAACAGCAAUUGUGCGGAUAUCUGUGACGAUGGCAGAUAACUCCCACCCAAAGUUCACUCUCAAAGAUUACCAGGCGGAGGUUAAUGAAAAUGUGGAUAUUGGUACUUCUGUUAUCUCUCUGUCUGCAAUCAGUCAGUCCACGUUAGUUUAUGAGGUUAAAGAUGGGAAUGUGGAUGGAGUCUUCACUGUAAACCCGUAUUCUGGAGUGAUCACCAGUCAAAAAGCCCUUGAUUAUGAACGUGCUUCUUCCUAUCAGCUCAUCGUACAGGCAACAAAUAUGGCAGGCAUGGCAUCAAAUGCCACUGUGAACAUUCAGAUUGUUGAUGAAAAUGAUAACCCACCGGUUUUUCUCUUCUCUCAGUACUCUGGCAGCAUAAGUGAAGCUGCUCCCGUAAACAGCAUAGUCCGGAGUGCAAAUAUCAGUCCCCUCGUGAUACGUGCCACUGAUGCUGACAGCAACCAGAAUGCUUUGCUUGUCUACCAGAUUGUUGAGUCUACAGCUAAAAAGUAUUUCACGGUAGAUUCCAGCACAGGUGCAAUCAGAACAAUUGCAAAUUUAGAUCAUGAAACAAUUGCCCACUUCCACUUCCGUGUGCAUGUUAGAGACAGUGGGAAUCCUCAGCUUACAGCGGAGAGCCCCGUUGAAGUGACUAUCGAGGUAACUGAUGUCAAUGACAACCCACCAGUCUUCAGCCAGGCUGUAUUUGAGACAGUCCUGCUCCUGCCCACAUAUGUUGGUGUUGAGGUUCUCAAAGUCAAGGCCACAGACCCAGAUUCAGAGAUCCCUCCUGAAUUAACAUAUAGUAUAAUUGAAGGCAAUAUGGACCAUUUUUUAAUUGAUUCAAGCACAGGGGUACUCACCAUUAAAAACAAUAGCCUCUCCAAAGACCACUAUAUGCUAAUAGUAAGAGUAUCUGAUGGGAAAUUUUAUAGCACUGCUAUGGUGACAAUAAUGGUAAAAGAAGCCAUGGAUAGUGGGCUCCAUUUCACACAGAAUUUUUAUUCCACUUCUAUCUCAGAAAACAUCACCAAUCUCACCAAGAUUGCUGUGGUGAAUGCUGUUGGUAACCGCCUUAAUGAGCCUUUGAAAUACAGUAUAUUAAACCCAGGCAACAAAUUUAAAAUCAAAUCCACCUCAGGAGUCAUUCAGACGACUGGCAUCCCCUUCGACCGAGAGGAACAAGAGCUGUACGAGCUGGUGGUGGAAGCAAGCCGUGAACUCGAUCACCUUCGUGUCGCUCGAGUGGUGGUGAGGGUUUACAUUGAGGACAUAAAUGACAAUGCCCCAGUGUUUGUAGGCCUUCCGUACUAUGCUGCUGUGCAAGUUGAUGCUGAGCCUGGUACCCUAAUAUAUCGAGUGACGGCUAUUGAUAAAGAUAAGGGUGAAAAUGGUGAGGUGUCCUAUCUUCUGAAGGAAGACUAUGGACAUUUUGAAAUUGAUAGAGGAACUGGCAGUGUCACUUUAAAAGAAGCCUUCAAUUCCGAUUUAUCUAAUAUAGAGUAUUUGGUUGUCAUUCUCGCAAAAGAUGGCGGGAACCCAUCGUUGUCUGCUUCUGUCACUGUGGACUUGAUCAUUAAUGAUGUGAAUGAUAAUCCUCCAGUUUUUGAUCAGACAGCUUAUAAUGCAACUUUGUCUGAAGCAUCUUUGAUUGGGACUCCUGUACUGCAGGUUGUUGCUAUUGAUGCCGACUCAGACAACAACAAGAUUGUGCAGUAUCAGAUAGUCCAGGACACGUUUAACAGCACAGACUAUUUCCAUAUAGACAGCACCAGCGGCCUAAUUCUGACAGCCCGGAUGCUGGAUCAUGAACUCAUACAGCAGUGCAGCUUGAAAGUCAGAGCAACCGAUAACGGGUUCCCACCACUGAGCAGUGAGGUUCUUGUCAGUAUCUCAAUAACAGAUAUGAAUGACAACCCUCCAGUUUUUAACCAGUUAAUAUAUGAAUCGUAUGUGAGUGAACUGGCCCCUCGAGGUCAUUUUGUGACUUGUGUCCAAGCCUCUGAUGCUGACAGCUCCGAUUUUGACAGACUGGAAUACAGCAUCUUAUCAGGAAAUGAUCGGACCAGUUUUCUUAUGGACAGCAAGAGUGGCGUUAUCACGCUUUCCAACCACCGGAAACAGAGAAUGGAGCCCAUGUACAGCCUAAAUGUGUCUGUGUCAGACGGGCUGUUCACCAGCACAGCUCAGGUGCACAUACAGAUCCUUGGGGCCAACCUCUACAGCCCUGUGUUUUCGCAGAGUGUUUACGUUGCAGAGGUUAGAGAAAAUGCUGCUCCUGGAACUAAGGUAAUCCAUGUGAAGGCAACAGAUGGGGAUUCAGGUGUAUACAGCCAGAUAAGCUACUCCAUAAUAAAUGACUUUGCCAAGGACCGAUUUUUGAUUGAUAGCAAUGGGCAGAUUCUGACAACUGAGCGGUUAGACCGAGAGAGCCCGCUGGAGAGCGACAUUGGUAUAUUUUUGAGAGCCCUCGAUGGCGGGGGCAGGACUACAUUUUGCACUGUGAGGGUGAUAGUAGUGGAUGAGAAUGACAACGCUCCCCAAUUUCUGACAGUUGAAUACAGAGCAAGUGUAAAGGCAGAUGUUGGGAAAGGUUACUUGGUGACGCAAGUGCAAGCAGUAGAUCCAGAUGAUGGAGCCAAUUCUAGAAUUACCUAUUCUCUGUAUAGUGAAGCCUCUGUUUCGGUAGCUGAUCUGCUGGAAAUAGAUCCAGACAACGGAUGGAUGGUCACCAAGGGUAGCUUUAACCAGCUGAAAAACACAGUUCUGUCAUUCUUUGUCAAAGCAGUCGAUGGUGGCAUUCCCGUAAAGCAUUCCCUCAUACCUGUCUACAUCCAUGUUUUGCCUCCAGAAACUAUUUUGCCUUCCUUUUCUCAACCCCAGUAUUCUUUUACCAUAGCAGAAGACACCGUCAUAGGCAGUACCAUUGACAUUCUGCAUGUUUUGCCUAAUCCGGGCGCUUUGUACAGCACAGUUAAUGGUGAGCUGACUGAAAACAACAAAGAUGGGGUUUUCAUCAUAGAGCAAGACACGGGGCUCAUAAAGCUGGAUAAGAGACUUGACCAUGAGACAAAUCCUGCUUUCCACUUCAAAGUUGCAGCCACCAUUCAGUUAGACAAAGUAGACAUUGUGUUGACUGUGGAUGUGGAAGUUAAGGUAUUGGACGUAAAUGACAACAAGCCCGUGUUUGAAACAGCUGGCUAUGAUGCUAUAAUAAUGGAAGGGAUGCCCAUAGGAACAAAACUUAUUCAAGUUAAAGCGGUUGAUGCAGACUCGAGUGCAAAUGGACAGGUCACGUAUAUGCUUGCGGUGGAAUCAGAGCUGGAGAAGAUCACAGAAGCAUUCACCAUUGAUAGCAACAGUGGCUGGAUCAGCACGCUGAAGGAUCUGGACCAUGAAAAGGAUCCUGCUUUCACCUUUGCAGUGGUGGCCUCAGAUCUGGGGGAAGCUUUAUCCUUGUCCUCAACCACCUUGGUCUCCGUUACCGUGACAGAUAUAAAUGAUAACGCACCAGUCUUUGAGCAUGAGGUGUACAGAGGGUCAGUGAAGGAGAGUGACCCGCCGGGGGAAGUUGUGGCUGUUCUUAGCACUUGGGAUGAAGACACAUCUGAUGUCAACCGACAGGUUAGCUACCAUAUUACAG